AUGAAGGCCGCCAUCGAGCCGAAGGCCUGGAUGGCUCCGCGCGCGGCCGACGAGCGCGACCUCGCGGGGCCGGCACCUUGCGACAUUAUCGAGGUGCAGGCGCGCCGCGGGCAGGCGCCAAGGACGAUGUGGGCCACGUUCGCCACGGAGCCGAUCGACAGCGCCGUGUGCUCCGGCGUGUUGCAUUUCUGCUCCGGCAAAGCGGCCGAUUGCGAGUGGCGCUGGGGCCGUCGCAAGUUCCACCGCGUCCUCAAGUGGAGGCCGAGGGUCGAUGUCGACCCAACCGGCCUCUACUUCGACUUCCCCGAGAAGAUCGGAGUGCUGGGGCGGGUGGGCACCAGGGCGCCCCCUCCCGAGCGGCCCCGCGGAGGACAGAGGCCGCCUCCACUUCCGCCCCUCGCGGAGCCGCCGCCGCCAGAGGGCGGCCGCGCCCCGGGCGAGGGGCGGGAGGGCCGCGCCGCGGGGGCCCCCCUCUUCUCGGAUGCGAGCGCCGGUCACGCAGUCCAAGGGGCAGGGCUGCGGGUGACCUUGCUGGCCGUGGGCGCGCUCCGGUCGAGGGCGACAGGGGCGAUGGCCGCCGCUGCCGGGGCGACGCUCUGCGGGCGAAGCUCGAAGACGCCAGGGAGAGAGUGGCCCGCGAGCGACGUGGCGGCGCCUUCGGCGGGGCAUCUGCGGCUCUGCGAGCGGUCUGCGACCCACCGUGCCAGCGGGGCUGAUGCUGGGAAGCCGCCCGCCGACGCCGAGCUCGACCUGGAGGUGGGCGAUGUCAACGGGGAUUUUCGCGGAGAUGCAGCGGUACUUUGCACCGAGUACGGGGAGGUCACGAACUACUUGGUCAGCGUGUCCUGCCAGCGCCGCUCGAAGGGGGGCAUUGGCCCGCGGUCGAGCCGCGAGCUCCUGGCGCUUUCCGAGGUGGAGGCGAUCGGCAUCAUCGACAUCGAGUGCGACAGCGACGUCAGCACGGCCGAAGGUGGUGCUCGAGCCAGGCGCGGGCUGGCCCCCCUGGAGGUGGGGAAGGUGAAGGAGCGCGAAGCCCUGCUCCGAAUCGCAGCCGGCGGCGUGUGUGCAGGUCAGGUCGGGGUGGCGCUGCUGGCCGCGCUUGCCGCCCGUGACUCGCCCAUCGGGGCGAUCCGGCGGUGGAAGCGGCCCUUCAGCGAAUCCACCGUGCGGACCCUGGCAAGGGCUGCCGCCGGGGGCGUGCCGAGCGAGCUCGGCAGGCUGCUAUCUGCGUUGGUCGACAGGGUCGAUGAGGAGACUGGCACGUGGGCGACGGCGCCGUCAUUGGACUUCGCCGCCGUGCUGGGGCGAAAACGGCUCUCGUAUCAGGGCGAAGAGGUCUCGCUCCCAGAGGCCCUCGCGCUGCAGGAGCUGCUCCCUGGGCUGCCGCCGAAGGGCGAAGCGGCCUCCGUUGACCCACUGGCGAUCGCCGCGCCAGAGGUCGUUGAGGCUCUUCUGCGCCCCGAGCGCGCGUGCAACCCGGACGGGUCCUGCGUCGCGCAGCCGAGCGCCAGGGCCCAUGCCAGUCCUGGGGAGUGGGCCCUCAUCGUGAGGGAGCUGCUCGACAGGGGGGUUUUCGAGGAGAUCGCGUUCGGCGACAUCGCAGUGGUCGGCGGCCAGCCUGUCCUCAAUGGCGCCUUCGGGGUCGUCAAGUCGGGCGACCCGCUGCCUCCGGCCACCCGCGUGCUGAGGCUGAUCAUUAACAUGAUCCCCAGCAACAGGGUGCAGCGACCGAUCGACGGCGACAUCGCCAUGCUGCCGGUUGGCGGCGAGCACCACGUUGUGAUUUUGGGUGACGGGGAGGUGCUCUUGUGGAGCAGCGACGACAUCAAGGGGUGUUUCCACGUUUUCAGGCCCCCCGAGGUCUGGAGGCCGUGGAUGGCCUUGUCGGCCCCGGUCGACCCCGUGCCCCUCGGGGGGGCCAGUGGGCCCCCCGUGUGGGUUGCCGUGGCGGUCGCCCCGAUGGGCUGGCUAUCCGCCGUGGGCAUCGCCCAGCACCUCUCGCGCCGAAUCGUUCUACAGGGAGCGCCGGGGCACGCCUGCCCGUCCGAGUCCACGGCGCUCCGGCGGGGCGCGGCUUACCCUCUGCAGCUCCACCAGCUGCCGCGGGCCUGGUGGAAGGUGUACGUCGACAACGUGGACUUCGGCGAGAUCGUAGCGGAGUCGGAGGUGCGCAACUUCGUAGGCCAGGUCUCCAUCGAGCAGCUGGCUGUGCGGCACUCUUUGGAUCGGUGGGGCAUCCGCCGCAACGAGUCGAAGGUCGUCGAGCGGGCGACGGCGGCGGUGAGCAUGGGUUCCGGGGUCGACGGAGUCCGGGGCCGAGUGGCCCCAUCGCUCCCCAUGCUGCUCCAGCACCUCGCCUUGACCGCAUGUGUGCUCACGAGGGCGGACUGCCGAGGCGUGUGGGUGGCAGCCGCAACAGGGCGGUUGUGCUUCGAUUUUGGUCACUGGUGCGCUGCUUUCGGCGUCCUGGACCAAAUUUGGCGUGAAAUCGCCCACUGGAAGGGCCAUAGGCCAUUGUCCAGGCCGGGUGGCGACGAACUCAUCAUGGCCUGUUCGCUCGCGCCGCUGCUCGCGACCGACCUGCGCGCCCAUCUUUUCCCUUGGCCGCAUGCAACCGAUGCAUCGGAGCAUGGCGGCGGCACCUGCGUUGCCGCUGGGCUGACUCGUGCCGGCUGGGAGGCGGCGUCGGAGGCUCGCCAAGCGCCGUUGGGGCAUGGCGCCCGGCCCGUGCCGCCCCGGCAGGCGGCCGAAGGAGGCGCGCAGACCAGGCAGGGGGCCGAGGCCGGGGCGCGCGGCGCUCGGCCCGCGCCGUCGCUGCCGUGGGUUGACGUGUCCAAGAUCACCCUCGACAUGGUCGUGGCCGUGCGGAGGUCGACUCCAGGGGCCACUGGCAUCACGGCGUUUUGGAGACUCCCGUGCCAGGACAUCUCAGGACUCGGGUGCCCCGGCAUUGGCUUUGAGGGUAUUUGCUCUUCCCUGUUCUGGGAGAUCCCGCGGGUGUCGCAGUUCCUUCAGGUGGAUUUCGGGGACCUGCCGUGGAUCGACGUGGUGGAGUGCGUCGCCGGCAUGGCGGCCGAGGCAUGUUACCAGAUUUCGGAGGGACUCGGGAGGCACCCGAUUCUCAUAGACGCAGCGGGGAUCUCUCGGGUGCGGCGGCCCCGGCUCUACUGGUGCAACUUCCCAGUAGGGGCUGUGGCCUGCCGCCAGCAGUCGCCCAUCUUCGACGCUGUUGUUCUGGCUGCCGACCCAGGGCCCGCAGAGGUUUGGCUGGAGGCGGACGCGUGCUGGGACCUCAAGUCGGGAUGCAGGCUCCCGGCGUUCACGCGAGCGAGCUCUCGGGCCCAGCCGCCCCCGGCCCCCGUUGAGCUCCAGUGCCGCUUCCCCCCAAACGCGUGCCGGGACCAGUUCACCGUCAAGGUUGGCGUCGGCGACCGUCGCGUCCUGCGCGCUGGUGAACGCGAGGACUUGAUGGGCUUCUGGCCAGGACAUGCGGCGCCUUCCAGACCUACGAGCGCUUGCGCCGACGACGCUGCGAGGUGCGCCCUGAUUGGCAGCAGUUCGCAUGUCGGAGUGGCCAGCUGGCUGCUCGCGCAGGGGCUGUGCGCGGCGGGCCUGAUCGAGGCGCCCGUGUCUGCGACGACAGUCCAAACGGCAUUCGUAUCUGAGCUUCGUAUGCGCCGCAGCGGCAAUGUCGCACUCCGAGUGCUCCCCCUGGUAGUGGGUCGAGCCGCGGUCGAGCUCAGAAGCCCCCUGCCCGAAGAGGGGGGCGAGGUGUCUGCAGCUAGGGCCUUGAUGUGCGGCCUCCUGCAGCACGCCGACCACCGUGGCUCGCGCAUUCGACUGGACGUUGGCCUGCCCUUCCGGGCGAAGGCGUGGCCUCGCGCCCCCAUCGCAACCGACCGGUGGCAGUGGCAGGCUGUGCUGUCUCACCAGUGGCGGUGGUUCGGCAGGCACAUCGACGAGCUAGAGAUGCAGGAAGUCCUCGCCGCGCUGAAGUGGUUUGCGCGGAAAGGCGACCGGCGCCAUUCGCGGCUAGGUAUCCUCGUCGACUCGCAGGUCGUGUUGUCGGUCUGCGCGAAGGGCCGGUCAUCGUCGCGCCGACUGAACCACCUGGUCAAAAGAAUCGACGCACAGAUCUUGCCUUGCAGCGAGCGCCUUGGCGGCGUGAGGUCGGAGCAGGAGCCGUUUGACGACCCCCAGGACGUCGACCAAUCCGUUAUGGAGUACCUUGAGAAGUUGUGGUCAGAGGGCGAGCCCCAAAGCUUCGCCAAUGACUUAGUUGCAGGACUUCGCCACUUCAUCCCGCGCCUCCGGCGCCAGCUCAACGGGAGUUGGUGUCUGUUGGGCGCGUUGGCGAGGGCAGACUUGCCAGCUCGAGCCCCCCCGCUGCCCACAGCCGUCGCCAUAGGGUUGACUGGCUAUGCGGCGGCCAUGUAUCAUCUUGAUGUGGGAGUGCUGUGGCUCGUUGGGUUCCAUUGUUUCUUGAGGUCGGGCGAGAUGCUCGGCCUCCGAGCGAUGGGCGUCACUUUUGCUGACGACUUAUCGAAUGCUGUUCUGAACCUUGGGCUUGCGAAGACUGGCAAGCGCCAAGGCGCUACGGAGUCUGUCACAGUCACCGAUCGGGUGGUCGUGCGUGCACUCCGCAGCCUGGUGCAACAGCGACGGCUGGCUGAGCCGCUCGCUCGACUGUCAGGGCCUCGCCAGAGGGCGUUGUUCAGGCAGGUCUGCGUCGAGCGCGGGCUCCGCGAUCACAAAUGCAGCUUGUACCUUUCAGGCGUGGCGGGGCUACUUACGAUUUCAGCCACCGCGGCCAGCUUGAUCGCACUAUC